GAGAGGAUCCUUGCUGAACUGCUGUAAUCAUGAAGGCAGUGAUUUUAGUUGUCCUAAUCAUCUUCACUUUGCUGUCUUCAGGGAAGAAAUUCCGAUGGUGCACCCUUUCUGACUUAGAACAGAGAAAGUGUGCUGAACUGUCCAAAGCACUUAUGGCUGUGCUGCCCCUUGCUACUGCCAAUUCGUUUGCUAGGAUUUCUUGCAUCAGAGCCCACAAUACAUAUGACUGCAUUGAUAAAAUCAGGGUGAAUAAAGCAGAUGCUGCCUCCUUGGAUGCGGGAGAUGUUUACUCUGCUGUAAAGCUAUAUGGUUUGACAGUGGUGGCAAAGGAGAUCUAUGAUCAAGGAAAUUGUGUGUUUGCUGUGGCCAUUGCCAAACGAGGAACUCUGGAUAUCCAGAGGCUACGAGGUGCACGCAGCUGCCACAAUGGAGCCAGAUGGACAUCAGGCUGGAAUAUUCCACUUGGUUUUCUCCUUGCAAGAAAUGAUCUUUCCUGGGAUGAGGCACAACCUCUGAGCCAAGUAAUCAGUGAGUAUUUCAAUGCAAGUUGCAUCCCUGGGAUUGGUGGUGCUGCUCCUCGACUGUGUGCUCUCUGCCAAGGACAAAAAUCCUAUGUCAGAGACAAGAACCACUUCUGUGAGACAAGUGGUAACGAACCCUUCUAUGAUUCUGAGGGAGCCUUCAGGUGCUUGAAGAAUGGAGUAGCAGAUGUUGCCUUUUUAGAUCAUCUAGCAAUUCUGAGUGCCACAGAGUCAGAACAACAGGAGUAUGAACUCUUAUGUCCUGACGGGACUACAGCUGAGCUGACUGAAUACAGCACCUGCAACUUGGGCAAGGGGCCUGGCCGUGGCAUCAUCACCCGCCACAACUUCCAGAAGAUCACCAACAAAUUUCUUACCAUGAUCCAACGCCUCUUUGGGCGAAAAGGAAAAGAAAGAGCCAGGUUUGAACUAUUCACUUCAGCACCCUUCGGGGGAAAGAACCUGCUGUUUCGGGAUGCCACUCAGCACCUGCAGCUUCUUGAGGAGCAGCUAGAGAUUGCCUAUGUCCUUGGUCUGGAUUAUGUAGCUCUCCUUAAGGGACUUGGCCAUGAAGGGAGCUCUUUGGACAACAGUGUUGUGCGCUGGUGCUGCAUCAGUGAUGCUGAGCUUCGCAAAUGUGAGGAGUGGGCACUAAGCAUCAAGUCUGACCCAUUAGUCUGUGUCCAAGCAAAUUCCAUGACCAAAUGCAUUGAAAUGAUCAAGAGUAGCGAGGCUGAUGCAGUCACCCUGGAUGCAACGCAUGUCUACAUUGCAGGGAGGUGUGGAUUGGUGCCUGUAGCUGUAGAAUGUUAUGGGGGAGAUUGUGCCCUGGCUGCUAAGAGCAUGGAUGAAACAGGGAAACUAAUUCAUCUUAAGCACAAAGCACUGCCACCAGUUUAUGCUGUUGCCCUAGCUAAGAAAAAUGCCAAACAGAUUAACAUCCGUAACCUUAAGGGAAGGCGAUCCUGUCACAGUCACCUGUAUAGUCCUGGAGGAUGGUUACUGCUUUCCAGAUACACAGUGGGAGCUCUGGAGAAUGAUACUGAGAACUGUGACGUUGGCUCUGUUUAUCAGAAUUACUUUUGGAAGGGCUGCAUGCCAGGAGCAGAUGGAAACCUGUGCAAAGUGUGCAUUGGAGACAGUGAGGUGGAAGGGGCUCGAGUAUCUAGCAGAUGUGCUGCAAGUCACAACGAACGUUACUAUGGCAAUAUGGGAGCACUCAGAUGCCUAGUUGGCAAUCCCAGUGGAAGAAGCUUUGGAGAUGUAGCUUUCCUGGAACACUCUAACCUACUCCAGAAUAUAGAGAAUCUGGACAGCUCUGGUUGGGCAAAAGGUUAUACUGCGAUUGACUUUGAACUCUUGUGUCCGGAUGGAACGCGUACUGCAGUCACAGAAUGGGCAGGCUGUAACCUUGGCCCCAUUCCCCCCAGCACAGUCAUGACCCGGCCAGUCACUGUCACUAAAAUCUAUGACUUUCUAAUGAAGUCCCAGGAAUCUCUGGGAAGCAAACUGGAUUCUGAAUUCCAUCUCUUUCAGUCAUGGAAGUAUGGUGAAAGUGAUCUGCUUUUCAAAGACACUACUCAGUACCUUGUUCAUGCAAGUCACAUGAGCUAUCAGGAAAUUCUUGGAGUGUCUUUCUUUCAACUGGCAGAAUCAGUGCUUAAUUGUACACCUGCAGGCAUCUUAGACUUCUGCAAACAGGAUAUCUGUGCAUCCUCAUCGAACUGACGUCUAAUACAGAGGCUUUGCAAGGCACAUACACCACCAUCAAUGUUGAAAACAAACAA